AUGGAUCAAAGCCUCAAUUUAAAUUCUCUCACUCCUGCCCAGAAGGGACAAUUAAUGGAGCAAAUGCGAACAGAAGUUGCUUUGGCGAGUGCCAGAGAGCUUUUAGAGGUGGAUCUUUAUGUCCUAAUCCCUAAUUAUUGUAGAAAAUGUCGGAUAAAUGCUUCGAGAAAUGUGUCACUAAGCCAGGAACAAGCCUGGACAAUUCUGAACAGGUUUAUGCAUGGAUCGCUACGUAGAUGCUUGGAAUCUAGUCUCUAA